UGGUUGUGUACACGUAGCAUCACUGGGAAAGCAACAUGGACGUUGUGUUGUAUAUCGGAGCAGCUGCAGUACUUAUAUCGCUUAUUUUCUUCAUUAAUAAAGUCAGGGGACACACAGAGCAAGCAGAUGAUGGGCAACAUGAGCAAGAGGUAGUAGCUCGAGCACAUCCUCGGGAAGCAGCACCAAGAGGUGCAGGAGUGCCACGUCGCCGUAGGAACUUGGGCAAUGUGAUUGCACAGAGGAGGGCUCAGAGAGAGCAGCAAGAGGGAAAUGAAGGUGAUGAGUCUCAUGAUGAAGGAGAAGUGGGCGCAGAGUUUUCAGGCCAUCCUAAAAUAGGAGCAAAGAAGCAGCGGAAGUUGGAAGAGAAACAGGCUAGGCGGGCACAGAGAGAGGCGGAGUUAGAAGAGCGUGAGGAACGUAAACGGGCUGAUGAAAAGAAAGAAGAGGAACGAAGGAUAAAAGAAGAAAAGGAGCGCGUAGAGGAGCAACGUAGGGAAGAAGAUGAACGCAAAGCAAAAGAAGAAGUAGAACGCAAAGAAUAUGAAGAGUAUCUAAAGCUUCGAGAUCAAUUCUCAGUGGAAGAGGAGGGUAUGGUGGAGGCUAUGACAGAGGAGCAGUCUCUCAAUCUCCUGCAGGAAUUUGUGGAUUAUAUCAAGGGAAAUAAAGUUGUUUUGCUGGAAGAUCUAGCUUCUCAUUUUGGCUUGAGAACACAGGAUGCCAUUGCAAGACUUCAGGACCUGAUUGUUAAUGGUACCUUGACAGGUGUUAUUGACGAUAGAGGAAAAUUCAUCUACAUUACUCAGAAGGAGAUGUGUGCCAUUGCAGAAUAUAUCAAAAAGCGUGGCAGAGUGUCCAUUGCUGAGCUUGCACAGGCAAGCAAUUCACUUAUCAAUCUGAAGGUUGACACUGGAGUUAGUCUCUCAGUCUAAAAUUUGUUACAUGCAACUCAAAUUAAUCUUAGAAAGCAGGUCACCCUGUGAUCCCAAAACAAACUCCCAUCAUCCCAAAGAAGACCUUCAUUUGCACUUACCAUUGAAGAUUUAUUUUCCUUGUCCUUGUGGUUUAUUAACAAUGUUCUGUAACUUCCUCUCAAACAUGAACCUUAUUUAUUUUCAAUAUAGCCUGUUGAAAACUAAAAAAUCAUUGUAGUUUUCUAUAUAUAUAUUGAAAAUGAUUUGCAUGCACAAUAUGCAGUGCUAUGUUUAGCAAUACUGCAGCAGCAUUAUUACUGAAUGUGUUAUGUAAAUGUGUGAUAACAGUGUUGCUGAAAAAGAAUUCUGGGUGACUUGGAUUUUUCUUUAUGUAAGAUAUCUCUUGUUAAUGGUCUAGACAAUUUUAUAAUAAAAAUUUAGAGGGGAUUAUUUUUUUUUUUUAUCAAAUCUUGAAUAUGUGAUUGAUUCCCGAGCACCCAAGGACUGCAUAUCUGCCUAGCAGUGUGUUAAACUGAGAAGCAGUUGGGCCAGAUUAACAAUGAGCAUAUCAGGGUUUUCAGAAAUGGGUAAUUUCUACAAGAUAUCAUUGAGUGAAUAAAUAUUCUAAUGAGUAAAUAUCCAUUUACUUUCUAAACAUUUUAACAAAGCAUGCCCUCUGGUACAAAUGCCAAGAGAAGAGUUUGUCCAUAUUUUUAAAAGCAUACAAAAUCCUUGAAAUAGUUUCAUUUUCACUUUAUUGUAGUAAGGAUCCAUGUUUAUAUAACAAUGUACUUUGAAGAGAAUAUGUUCUAUUUUGGAAUCUUAAUAAAAAAACUGUUUACCUGAA